AUGCUCAACAUCUAUGAAAGGCAAACCAAUAUCAUUAAAGUUAGAGAUUGGUUUAAGAAUCAGAGGAAAAGGGAGAGGGAGAGGCAGAGGCAGAGGCAGAAGAAGGAUGAAAGGCGUGGGAGCAUUGGUUCUAGUUCUUCUAGAAUGAUCAAUGACAACUCAAAGGAUAAGAACAAUCCUGAUGAAAAGAUCAAUGGAACUUUUAGACCUUUGAACGUUCCAGCUUUUCUCUUCUGUUCAUCUACUAGCAUUGAUACCUUCUCCAAACAAUCCAAUCCAAUUCCCUUUCUAUACCCAAAUCGAUCAACGCUCUCUCAACUACUUAAGCAGUGCCCAACGCUUAAUCAACUCAACCAAACACACGCCCAAGUCAUUACACAGGCCUUUUCUCAAGACUCUUCUCUAAUUGCCGCUCUUAUCCGUUCUUAUAUCUCCACAGAAAAUUUAUAUUACGCACAUUUCUUAUUCGAUCAUUAUCCAUGUCCUUCACCACCCAUUCUUCUAUGCAAUCUAAUGAUCCGAGCCUACUCCAAAAUACCCAGUUCUCGAGAAUCGCUUCAUCUCUUCCAUCGGAUGCUCGUGCUGAACGCACCCAAGGCUGCUGUCCCCGACAACUAUACCUUCACCUUUGUGAUCACGUCUUGUUCGCAUCAAAACUUGACAGUUUAUGGAGAAAACAUUCAUGGGCAGGUGAUAAAAAGUGGGUUUGAAUCUGAUAUCUUUGUGGGUAAUUCGUUGGUAAACAUGUAUUCGGUGUUUGUAAAAAUGGAUGAAUCUCAGAAGUUGUUCGAUGAAAUGCUUCACAGAGAUGUGUUCACUUGGACUAGCCUUUUGGGUGGGUAUAUAAAGCUUGGAGAGAUGGGUACCGCUGGUGAAUUGUUUAGCAAGAUGCCUGAACGAAAUGAUGUUUCUUGGGCCGUUAUGAUUGCCGGGUAUGUCAGUGGUGGGAGGUAUACUGCUGCACUUAGUUGUUUCCAUGACAUGUUGUGUGAUGAUAAGGUGAAGCCCAACGAGACAGUUCUCGUCUGCGUUUUAUCGGCUUGUGCUCAUAUUGGAGCCUUAGAUCAAGGGAAGUGGAUUCAUGCUUACAUAGACAGGACUCGGUUCCGGAAGAGUUCGAACAUUUCAACAGCUCUCAUUGAUAUGUAUGCAAAAUGUGGGAGAAUAAGCUGUGCUACUCAAGUUUUUAAUGCAGCGUCUGAUAGAAAUGUGCUCACUUGGACAAGUAUGAUCACAGGGUUAUCGAUACAUGGGCUUGGCAAGGAUGCCCUCAAGGUUUUCUCUCAAAUGGUAGAUGAAGGCCUUAAACCCAACAAUGUCACACUUGUGGGGGUUUUAAAUGGCUGUAGCCAUUCAGGACUAGUGGAUGAGGCCUUGUUGACCUUCCAAAACUUGGAAAACUUGUGGGGAAUUUCACCGACGAUUGAACAUUAUGGCUGUUUAAUUGACCUUCUUGGCCGAGCAGGGCGCUUGGAGCAGGCAUUUGAAAUCGCCAAGCAUAUGCCCAUGAAGCCUGAUGUUGUUUUAUGGAGGGCUUUAUUAAGUGCUUGUAGAGUCCAUGGUGAUGUUGGUCUUGGGGAACAGAUAACGGAUCACAUUGCCCAACUGGACCAUAUUAGUAAUAAUGGAGGUCAUGUCCUGCUUUCAAAUUUGUAUGCUUCUCUUGGUCAAUGGGAAAGUGUUGCUGGAGUGAGGAAGCUGAUGAGUGAAAGAGGGAAGAAGGAAACUAGCCCUGGUUUUAGUUGGAUUGAGGUUAAUGGUAUUGUUCAUGAAUUUCGCAUCGAUGAUCAGCUACAUCCUCAAAUUGUGGAGAUACAUAGUAAAUUGAGAGAAAUGUUGAGAAGGGCAGCCAUAGAAGGAGGCUAUGUUGCUAAUGUAAAGAAAGUUUCGUUUGAUUUGUUAGAGGAAGAUAAAGAACAGGCAGUGUCUUGGCAUAGUGAGAAGCUGGCCAUUGCUUUUGGUCUGAUGAGGACUGAAGCAGGGAGUCCUCCCAUCAGGAUAGUGAAGAACCUGAGGACAUGUGAAGAUUGUCAUUCAGCCAUUAAAGUCAUUUCCAGAGUUUAUGGUAGAGAAAUUAUAGUAAGAGAUCGAUCCCGCUUCCAUACUUUUAAAGAAGGAAGCUGUUCAUGUAAGGAUUAUUGGUAG